AUGUCCGCCGCCGCCGAAUCCGCCGCCGCCGAAGCCGCCGCCGCCAUGGCCGCCGCCGAAACCUCCCUUGCCGCCGCCGAAACCACCGCCGAAGCCGCCGCCGCCAUAGCCUCCGCCGAAACCUCCCUUGCCGCCGCCGACACCACCGCCGCCGAUGCCGCCGCCGCCGAAUCCACCGCCACCAUAACUUCUUCCACCGCCGAAUCCGCCGCCGCCAAAUCCACCCUUGCCGCCUCCAAAACCGCCGCCGCCAAAGCCGCCCUUUCCUCCGCCAAAUCCGCCGCCGCCGAAGCCGCCGCCGCCAAAGCCGCCCUUUCCUCCACCAAAUCCGCCGCCGCCAAAACCGCCCUUUCCUCCGCCAAAUCCGCCGCCGCCGCCGCCGCGGCCGAAGCCACCUCCUCCGCCACCGCGGCCGUAGCCGCCGCCGGCGCUGACGCAGGCCACGCCGAGGAGCAGGGCGAGGGACAGGAUGGCGAUAGAGUGUUUCAGCUGCAACGACAAACACACACGGCGUUAGUACUGACACACGGGAACAACAACAAUAUCAGCAACAACAGUAUGAGCAUUAACGCUUACAAAAAUAACCAUACAACAACAGUCAUGUUUUCAUGGCCUCUCGUCCCCCUGACGGUGAGCAGCUCAGGCCUGGAGGCUCGCCCUAAUACCUGA